UCCAUUGGCCGUCCAGUGUCCAGGAUCCAGGAUGUUCCAGGAUCUGCUGUGUCCUCUCCUCAGGACCAGUGACCCAUAAACUGGACUUUACUGGUUUCUGCUCAUCCCACUCAGCCAGAUGAACACACUCAGAGCAGAACUCACAGCCAAGGCUCAGCAUCUGUGCUUGUUAGUGGUCCUGUCCCUGGCGUCGGGAGGUGUCCCCGGUCCAUGUCGACACUCGGUAAUGCAGGAUCAUCUACAGAGCCUCGGUCGCCUGAUCGACAACCAGUUGGACCACAGCUGUUUCAUCCAGUAUCCAUUCACUGAACACCUGAACCUGAGUACAGUAUGUUAUGUCAAAGCAGCGCUCCCACAAGCCCUGGAGCUCCUCAGCAAACAUUUCCAUUAUGUCAGGAGUUCAGACAACAGGAGAUACGUCAGUGCCCUGCAGAAGCUCAUCUACCAUCUCUACACUCAAGGAUGUGUUGCAGAAAUCGAUGAGGAGGUGGAGGACAGUCCUGUGAGGUUUUCAAAGGCUGUAGAGAGUUCUCCAAAAGACGCCCUGAAGAAGGUCCAAGGUGUGUUCCAGAUGUACAUGAACCUUAUGAGGGACAGUAAAGGUCCAGUGGACUGGGACUGUCGAGCAGAGUUCACUGUGGAAGAGGACUACCAAACCACCACCACAGCUGAUUCAGGUUCAGGUCACAAACCCUGUUUGCCUUAGUUUUCACUCGUGGAGACCGUCCAAUGUGGCCCCAGGUUCUGAGGUUCUGCAGUUUUGAGGACGUCCCGUUAAUCUCCACAGAGAACCUGCUUUUUCUGAGCCCGACAGCAGCGUUGUCCACUCUGACAACUCUAGUCCAUUUACCGUUUAUAUCAGAAUAUUUAUUUUUUCUAUAAAUAUAUAUUAUUUUUAUUGAAAUAAAUGUUUUAGCCAUAAUUAAAGCCUUAAUAAGAUUGUUUAGGACAGACCUGUGUCAUUCUAUCUUCAUAACUAUGUUCUUUUGUGUUUCUCUGUGUGAGAACAUUCUAUUUGUUUUCUAAAUGUUUGAAGAUUCUCCUCAACUAAAACCUGGACUCAGUUAAAACCAGGUCUCCAAUAAACCCAGGCCUUUGUCCAAAUCCAGCAGGGAGAGGAUUUGUUUUCAGUGUUUCACAAAGUACGUGAACUGACCCAAGUUCAUGUUUGUGACGUUGUUGACAUCAUGUGCAUCUCAAAAAAGACCAGAACAGAAAACCAAGAAGAACAUGGAAGAUGAUGGAGCCCCAAAACCAGUGAUUCAAUGAACGGA